AUGAUUGCUGACGGCGCAAUCAAGCCCCUUAGGCCCUACAAGGUCCCUACUAGGGAAGAAAAAAAUGAUCCCAGGUACUACCGUUACCAUCAAUUUGUAGGGCAUCCAACUAUUGCCUGCCAGAGCUUAAGGAGGAUCUUACAUGGUAAAAUAAACGAAGGGGUUCUUGAGCUUCCCUCUAGGAAGCAAACUAUCGAUGAGGAUCCUUUACCAAAGCGAAGGGGAAAAGAGGUAGCUGCUGUUGUAACAUGUUCUGACGAUCUGCUCGAUGAUGAUGAACUGUGUCACCCAUGGAAGAACGACCCGAAGCCACCUGAGGCUAUUUGGGAGCCUUGUGGAAACAUGGAGAAAGCUUACUGGCAAAAAUAUUCAAAACCUUCAAGCUACAAUAUGCGAUGGCCACUUGUUGACGGAUGGGACGGCUGUGCAGACAACGAAGUAUUUAUGUUGGACAUGCCGGAAGAACAAUGCCUGGGAACCUCCUCUGGGCAGCAGGAAACGGCUGCUGUAACAUUUCAUGCUCUUACAGAAGCUGAGGCAACUGUAAUGGAGCGUUACCUAGGUUUGAAGCAAGGACCUACAGCUUCGCAAGUUCUCCAAAGAAAUCCAAAGUUCAGUCACUCUUCGACCAGCUUGGUUUUGGACCUCAGGCAAGGGAAGCAGCUGUUGUAG